AUGAGGCCAAGAGUCUCAACUCAGAUGAAUGAGGAGCUGACAAAAGUGGUUUCCGAGAUAGAGAUCAAAGAAGCAAUCUUUAAGAUCAACCCAACUAAAGCGCCAGGCCCUGAUGGGAUGUCGGCUUUAUUCUUUCAAAAAUUUUGGCACGUAAUCAAGGAGCAGUUUGUUAAGGAGGUUCAGUUAUUUUUUGAGAAGGGUUCUCUGCCUAGAGAAUGGAACUAUACACAUCUUUGUUUGAUUCCAAAGACGUUGGAGCCAAAGACAAUUUCUGACCUCAGACCUAUUAGCCUCUGCUCUGUGAUCUACAAAACAGUGUCAAAAAUAAUGGUGAAAAGAUUGAAGCCAUGGAUGAAGGAGUUGAUAUCAAAUACACAGUCUGCAUUUGUAACUGAGCGGCAGAUUUUUGAUAACAUCACCGUUGCUCAUGAGAUGAUACAUUCACUGGACAAGCUGGAGGAUAAUGCGGUGGAUCAGAUGGUCGUUAAAACAGACAUGUCAAAGGCAUAUGAUCGUGUGGAGUGGAGCUACCUUAGAUCAAUUUUAUGUGCCUUGGGCUUUGAUGUGCGCUGGAUCAACUGGAUUAUGAAAUGUGUUACUUCGGUAACAUAUUCGGUUCUCAUAAACGAUCAGGCGCAUGGGAUGAUUUCUCCGCAAAGGGGUCUUAGGCAAGGGGAUUCUUUAUCUCCAUUACUCUUCGUCCUCUGUACGGAAGGCCUAUCUCAUCUUCUAAGGAAAGCGGAAAGUGAAAGAAGAAUUGAAGGAAUUAAAUUUGGAGGUUUUGGACCCUCAGUUAAUCACAUGUUAUUUGCCGAUGACUGUUUGUUUGCUUGUAAGGCUGAUGAUGCACAAAGCUCAGAACUACGGAGAGUACUCACAAGAUAUGAAGGACUGACUGGCCAAGUCAUCAACCCUGAGAAGUCAUCUAUCAUCUUUGGCAAAGGUGUUCUGGAGGACAAUAAGAUUAGGGUCAAGCAUCGGUUAGGAAUUGAAGCUGAAGGAGGUGGAGGUAAAUAUUUGGGUCUACCGGAAGUGUUAAAGGGCUCCAAAAUCAAAACAUUUUCCUAUUUGAAGGAAUUUAUGUCAAAGAAGGUUUCGGGGUGGCAUGCCAGAACACUAUCACAAGGUGGGAAAGAGGUUCUGCUUAAGGCAGUUGGAACAGCUCUACCAGUGCACGCUAUGUCGGUUUAUAAAAUUCCGAAGAUGGUCAUCUCCAGCCUACAUAGUGUUAUGGCGAGCUUCUGGUGGAGUAAUGUUGAAUAUAAAAGGAAAAUCCAUUGGAUGAGUUGGGAUAAGCUAUGCCUACCAAAAGAAAUAGGGGGGAUGGGAUUUAAGGAUUUGGAAUGCUUCAAUCAAGCGCUGCUAGCUAGACAAGGUUGGAGAAUUAUUCAAUUUGAAGAUAGUCUACUGGCCCAAGUUUUAAAAGGGAAAUAUUUCGAGAAUGACUCUUUCAUCAAGGCGCAAAUGGGGAGUAAACCAUCAUAUGCUUGGAGGAGCCUGAUGUAUGGGAGAGAAUUGCUGAAAAAAGGCUUAAAACACUUGAUAGGUGAUGGAAGGAGCGUUAAGGUAUGGUCUGAACCGUGGAUAGAAGAUGAAGGAGGUCUUUGUAGAGCUCCUGCGCGAAAACAGAUAAGCUUUGAUGUUAACCUUGGUGUGUCAGAGUUGAUUGACUACCAAAAAAGAAGAUGGAACCAUGAGAGAUUAGGGGAGCUCUUUAUUUCUGGAGACGUCAACAUUCUGAUGCUAAAUCAACCUGCAAUUUCGGAAAAAGACUCUUGGGUUUGGAGAUUCAAUAAAAGUGGAGCCUAUUCGGUGUGUUCUGGAUAUGAGGUGGCUUUCUCUAACCUUCAUCAGGAACUGAUCAAAAUUCAAACUGAGCUCCCUUCUAUAAAUCCUCUGAAGGCUAAGGUUUGGAGUCUCCAGGCGCCAUCAAAAAUUAAGAUAUUUAUAUGGAAGGCACUCUCUGGCUCCUUAUCAGUGUUGGAUAAUCUUAGAAGUAGAGGAAUGAAAUGUGAUUUGGUAUGUCAAACAUGUGGGAAUGAAGGGGAAUCUAUUAAUCACGUGCUUUUCUCUUGCACUUUAGCAAGACAAGUGUGGGCAGUGUCUGAAUUCCCGACACCACAAGGAGGUUUCCAUGAGGAUUCUGUUUACCAGAAUAUGAGCUACCUUAUCACAGCAUGGUCAGAUUACAGAGAGCAGUGUGAGAUUACAAAAAUUUUCCCUUGGACGUUGUGGUAUCUAUGGAAAAAUAGAAAUUCUUUGCUGUUUGAAGGAUUUCUCUUUGAUGGACACCAAACGUAUCAAAAAGCGUAUGAGGAAGCCAAUCUAUGGCUUCUAGCGCAAAACAUGGAGGUGGGUGAUACAAAUGGAAAUGAUACCCAUCCCGGAGAGCAUGGGGAUAGGUGGAAACCUCAGGAAGAAGGAGAACUUAAAUGCAACAUUGGUAUGAGGUGGAAAGCAAAGGAAAGGAUUGCAGGGGCCGUAUGGGUUCUAAGAAAUGCGAGCGGAGAAGUCCUGCUUCACAGUCGUCGGUCUUUUGGAGCAGUGGGAUCAAAGGAUGAGGCAUACUUCUUAAGCUUAGCUUGGGCGAUUGAAAGUAUGUUCUCUCACAAGUGUUGGAAAGUCUACUUUGUUCUUGAAGGGGGAAAUUUGGUAAAUGCUAUCAAUAGGCCAAAAGCUUGGCCCUCCUUCAUAUUUAAAGUGAUUGAAAUCAAAAGGUUACUUAGGGAGUUUUUGAGCUGGAGAAUUGAUCGUGAGUCUUAUGAAGCAAACAGGGGUGCUAGACUUAUAGCUGAUAGUGCAGUUCACAGCAGUAGAUUCCAGUCUUAUGUUGGUAGGGGUUUUCCUAGAUGGCUGUCUCAUGUUUUUGAUAAUGCCCGUGUUCCUUAG